AUGGCAACUUCAAUACUUGGGGAAGAGCCCAGGUUCGGAACCACCCCGUUGGCCAUGUUGGCCGCCACCUGCAACAAGAUCGGGAACACGAGCCCGUUGACGACUUUGCCGGAGUCCGGUGCGUUUGGAAAGGGCGGGUUUCAUCCGUGGAAGCGAUCGGUCUCCAACUGCAGCCUGGGCUCGGGUCUGUCGGGAUUCGGUGUGGGCAGCGCCCGGGCUUCGGGAGCCAUCGCCAACAGCUUCUCGGUCAACGGCGGCUCCGGGAGCAGCGCCUUCUGUUUGGCCUCCACCUCCCCCACGUCGUCCGCCUUUGGCGCCGAGUACAGUCUCUUCUCCAACUCGGUGUCGGCCAACGUCAACUCGCAAGACACCGGGCAGUCGGCCUUCAUCUCCAAGGUCCACUCUUCGGCUGAGUCUCUCCAGGGGAUGUACCCGCGUGGGAUGGCCCACCCGUACGAGUCCUGGUACAAGUCGGGUUUCCACACCAGCAUCUCGGGCGAGGUCGGCAGUGGGGGCUCCUCCUGGUGGGACGUUCACACGAACCCGACUUGGCUGGACGUCCAGAACCCGGCGGGGGCCCUGCAGUCCACUCUGCACUCCGGCACCGCCCAGGGGCCGCUGCACUCCCAACUCGGCGGCUACAACGCCGACUUCUCCACCCUCAGCCACUCCGCCUUCAGCUCCACCGGGAUCGGCUCCACCGCCUCCCACCUGUUGUCCACCGGGCAGCACCUGCUGGCCCAGGAAGGCUUCAAGUCCAUGAUCCCGUCCUACAACGCCGAGUCCGCCUCGGCUGCCAUCUCGGGCAGCUCGAUGAUCUCCACCCCAUCCGGACUAGGAGGGGGCUCGGCGAGGUCGUCCCGGCGUUACUCGGGCCGGGCCACCUGCGACUGCCCCAACUGCCAAGAGGCCGAGCGGCUCGGGCCGGCGGGGGCCAGCCUGAGGAGGAAGGGUCUGCACAGCUGUCACAUCCCGGGCUGCGGGAAGGUCUACGGUAAGACGUCUCACCUCAAGGCCCACCUGCGCUGGCACACCGGCGAGCGGCCGUUCGUGUGCAACUGGUUGUUCUGCGGCAAACGCUUCACGCGGUCGGACGAGCUGCAGAGACACUUGAGGACGCACACGGGAGAGAAGCGCUUCGCCUGUCCGGUCUGUAACAAACGCUUCAUGAGGAGCGACCACCUCAGCAAACACAUCAAAACGCACAGCGGCGGAGGGGGCAAGAAGGGCAGCGACAGCGACACCGACACCAGUAACCUGGAGACCCCCCGAUCCGAAUCACCGGACCUGCUCCUGGAAGCUGUGCACUCCAACAGAGUAACCAAGGCAGCCACUCCAGUACAGAACGACUCCUAA